UGACCCUCUGCGAGGAUCAAUUAGCCAAAGGUAACAACAAGCACACUUUGGGCAAGAGAAAGACCAACACCAUCAUUAACUAUGGUUGUGUUAGCUUUGAAAACAAUGGCAACACAAUCAACAAUGACGCCAACAGUCAACAUCACAGCGACACUGGCGGUGCUCAUCUUCAGAUUUCCACCAAUGGGUCGUCUUCUUCAUCUUGA